UAGAAAUAGAUCACGAAUCACGAUUCAUGAACUUAUUAUUUGUCUUAUCUAUGUAUUCGUAUUGCAGUAUUGCUUCUCAAUUCACAAAGAAAACUUCACCGCAAUUUCGAUAAUAGCGUUUAAUAUUUGUUUUAUUUUUUUUGUAAAUCCAAUUCAAUUUCUUGCCAAGGACAUGGAAGACGAAUUAGAAGAUAGGGUUUUACACCAAACAUACGUUUCGUUUAUGAAAAUCUUUUCGCGAUUUACAAGUAGUGUUGCGUUUGACACUCCAGUGAGCUAUUUAUGGAAAAUGGUGCGACUUUAUUUACUGCGAUCAGAAGUGCUAGUGUUCACCUUAGGGAUAAUUAUAUUCUUUAUGUAUCUUCAAACAAUUGGAUUAUGGAGUCGAACCCUAUUAAGCAGAUUGUCACAGGCUAUGAGUCCUAUCAGUGCUGUUCAGCGUAUGAAGUUAAUGGAAGGCUCUGACGCCGAUAAACAAAGCUGGGAACUGAAAGGUUCCUCAAGUGCAGCUUAUGCAAUCAAAGGCCGGAGAAUGCACAUGGAAGAUAAAUUUAUUAUUAACGAAAACAUAAAUAAUACCGGCAUUUCAUUGUUUGCUAUUUUUGACGGACACGGUGGGGAAUUCGCAGCGAAUUACGCUAAAGAUCAUCUUAUACAAAAUCUUUAUAACAAAGUUGUAGAAUUAAGUGCUUUCAAAGAAGGCAAAACAGUCAUCACUCCUCAAAGGGAUAGUCCCGAAGAAACAAAGAAAGAAGAAACUGUUAGUGUAGAAAGAAAACCAAGUUUUAAAAAAUCUGCUAGUACCGCUGAUGAUACAUCUAUAAAAGAGAUUACAGACCCCGACCUGCUGGCACAACUCUCUAAGGCGAGACCAAUAAUUACAAGAGAAGUUAGACCAGUUAAACCCAUAAAAAACAUUGCUGUUCCACUAUCAAGUUAUAUGGAUAAGGGAAAGAUAAACUAUGGUAAAUUAUUGACAGAUGAGGUCCUUGCUGCUGAUAGGCUUCUAGUAGAAGCUGCAAAGCGAUCUAUGAAUGUUGCUGGAACUACAGCUUUAAUUGCUGUUCUAGAAGGCAACUAUCUGAUUGUAGCUAAUGUUGGUGAUUCGAGAGGAGUUAUGUGUGAUAGCCGUGGUAAUGCCAUUCCUGUGUCAUUUGACCAUAAGCCACAACAGGUGCGUGAACAGAAACGGAUUGAAGCUGCAGGAGGUUACAUUGCCUUUAAUGGAGUAUGGAGAGUUGCAGGCAUUUUAGCAACGUCUCGAGCUAUGGGUGAUUAUCCUUUAAAGGAUAAAAAAUUUGUCAUUGCCGAUCCUGAUAUACUCACAUUUAACCUUGAUGACCACAAACCAAUGUUCUUAGUAUUAGCAUCUGAUGGCUUAUGGGAUACUUUUACAAAUGAAGAAGCGGUAAAGUUUAUAAAAGAAAGAUUAGAUGAACCAGACUUUGGAGCCAAGAGUUUAACACUGCAAGCCUAUUAUAGAGGAUCUGUUGACAAUAUUACAGUUUUAGUGAUUAAUUUUCUAAGUAGUCAACACUCGAUGCAAUAACCGUUUUAAUUCAUUAAGAAUUUUCUUUUUGUGUAGCUGAUCCACAAAGAAAAUAUUUUAUGACAAUGUACAAUACAAAAACAAUCUACUGUGGUAUUAUUGGACUUAUGAGCAAAGCAUGUAUUAUGAAAGAAACCUUUUUGGUUUGUAUUUAAUUGAAUGUUUGUUAAUUAUCAAGUGAGGAAAUAAAGUCCAAUUGAAAAGACAACCUUUUUACAGAUAAUACAAAUAUGUUUUUUAAAAAUUUACCAUUUUAAAAAUCAUAAAAAUUCAUUACAUAAUUUUAUAAUAUAAUAAAUGUUGUAUUAUGUGUAUAUAUUUUAAUAUUAAAAUUUGAUAAAUAUGUACAUACAUGUCUACUAGGGAUAAUAAAUUGUAUUUUUAAUGUUAACAAAAUAUCAUAUUUUUAAAAUUGAAAGUUGAAAACUAUUUGUGUGGUUGUGAUUGUUCCUUCAAAAAUGACAUGUUCGUAAUUUUUAUGCAUAAUUUAUAUUUAAGAUCAAGUUUAUUGUGUACUUAAAAUAUUACAAUUAUUUAGACAUUGUUCAACAAAUUAUCGCCUUUUUAAAAUACUGUUCACCAAUCUUAAAUGUAAUCACAAUUUUAGUUUAUGUCUGGCUAAUAAUCAGGUUAUAAAAAAAAAAAAAACAAAAGGCAGUUGGAUAUAUAACUAUCAUGUAGUUUCUUUGUCAAUGUCACAAAAAUAUGAAAUCCAAAAUAAGAAAAGAUAUUCUAACUUGCUAAAUG